AUGGAUCUACUUUCAAGGUUAAACAAGAAAUAUCUACUAGGUCCAAAGGCCUUAUAUGUUGCGAUUAGCAUGCAGUACUACACAUUGCACAAGUUCAGGCCUCUGUUUGCUAAAGAAAUGUUUGGAAUUGGAGAAAGCGAGUUGGGUGCAAUGGGGAUCUUAUUGUUUGUGACUUUCUUCACCAACAUACUUCUCGCAACAAUGAACGAUAAGUUUGGAAGGCCAAAGAUCUUCAUGGUUGCCCUGUUGUCUCUAUCCUGUAUUUUUUUCCAGCUGUUCUAUAUAGAAAGAUAUUUCAAAGGAGUCCGCUCUAUGUUCUGGAUAAAUCUAUUUGCUUAUCUAGGAACUAAUACGCCAAUCAUGGCCUUACUGGACAAGAUUGUGCUGGACUAUCUAAACAAGUUUUCAGAUGAAAACACCAAGGCCUAUGGAAAGCAGAGAAUCUGGGGGACAGCCGGGUAUUUGAUCAGCAUCUUUGCUCUUGAGGGAAUCAUAAGAACAACGAAUUCCAAAAGUGGAAUUGAUUUCUCAGGUCUCAGAUACUAUUCUCUUGCGACAACAAUAAUCGCAGUCAUUCUGGUGGCUACACUUUUAGAGGAUUCAAAAAGCGAGUGCAGAGGACCCAGUUACAACAUUAUGUCUGAAUGGAAGGAAUUACUGAGAAAUAGAGAGUAUUUGUUUUUCAUACUUAUAAUUUUCCUGAAUGGAUUCACGCGUGCUGCAAUGACACUUUACCUUCCGAUCUAUGUUAAGUAUGUACUUAAAGUGAAACCAUACAUACUCCCUGCAUCUUGGCCUGCAUGGGUAAGAAGCAGUUUAUGGGCUCUUAACAACUUUCCAUUUGGGACUAUCACCAUGUUUGAAAUCUCCCUCGAAAUAGGAAUUCUGUUUUAUUUCGAUAUAGUCUCCAAGAAAACAGGUCUUCUCUGGCCACUACUUCUUUCUCAGAUAUCCCAGACGAUCCGAUUUGUACUGUAUCUUAUUCUCCCUCCUACUAAUCCACAUGUGUUCGCCUUUUGUUGUAUGUUUGAGAUAUUUAAGGGAAUAAAUUUCGGCCUCUCCCAUGGGGCUGGAGUGCAACUGGCCGAGAAAUUAUGUCCCCCUCAUCUAAAGGCUACAUCUCAGAUGAUAUACAACGGUGCAUUUACCGCUAUUAGUUCAGUAACAGCGGGGCUCUAUUUCCGGUAUGUAUUCAGAAACAAUGAAACCUUAGACCCAGAAGAGAUUAUUGCCAGGAGAAUCGAGUCAUUUAGGAUAUUUUUUAUGUCAAACAUCCUUGUCACUACCAUCUCAAUCUUUCUUUUCCUUAUUAAGUAUGGAGUUAGAGAUAAGAAGCCACUCAAUGUUCUUUUUUUCUGUAGAAGAAUAUCUCAAAAAGCAUAA